GACUUGUCGUACUCAUGUACUUUGCUGUAGCACACGCAGCCGGAUUGCUAGUGCAAAAUCACCAACGUUGAUCGCUUUGUCUCGUCUCCUCAUCCUCACUCGAAACUCCUUCCGGACCGCAGGAAUCCAUGAGCAUGUUCGUCAAGAGGAGGAUUCUGAAUGACGCAGACGGAAGAUGGCCAUGAGCAUGUCCAGUUGUCAGCAUACUGAAACGGCGUCGUCCAUCGCGAGCUGAAGAAGCCAGGUGUCCUACAUGCGAGCAUCGCACAGGUCCCAGAUCCAGAUAACGCAAUGCAGUGAUGACCAAAACAAGCCUGGCGUUACAAACGCUACUCCGCAGGAUGCCUUUUCAAGAUAUCUGGGUCAAUACCUUUCCAUACUCAGUCUUUCUUCCGUUGUUGCCUGGCCAAUUCAGCGGAAGCUGCAAAAGCAUUGGGCUAGAAAUCUGUUCUGUCACAAGGUGAUCGAUGUGUCAGGGAGUUCCAACGAUGUAUGCCAAACGUCGACCUUCCUCCGAUCAACGUGCUCUACCAGAGGAUGGCUGCAGCAGGAAUGAGCACUGAAUACGGGUAGUCCUGACACCCAUGAUACUGGUGCAUCUCUUCACAGCAACGUCAAGCUCAACGAUCGUUCGGAGGGUGCCUCUGGCUCGAGGUCUGGAUGUACACUGCUUGGUUCGUUCUCGUCAAUGCCUGACUAUGCUACGCGAGUCUGUCAAACUUGGUAGAACCCGGCUUUCCAGCUCUUCGCAUUGCUCUCCAGUCCUCGAAAUGUGCAUUGAAGGUGGCUGAGUGCCCAAACAGAGCUCAGUCAACGUAUCGGUGUCCGACUUGAAAGAUCACAUUCUUACACCAUCAGUACACUAGGAAUCUGCGCUCAGCGACCACUCUGUCAA